UAAGCUGAAAUACUUAGUAAAUCUUUUGUAAAAAUUUAUUUAUGUGUAACAUGGAAGUAAACGUAAUGGAUGUAUACCAAUCAAAUAAUCUAAGUACCAACUCUUUAUUAUCUGAUGAUAAUUUAAUAUAUGAUAAAAUGAAAAUGUGUUUAAAUUACAUUCAUUUCAAAGUAUUUCCCACUGAUUGGGAAAAAAAUAUUUUGAAUUUAUUACCAAAGAAAUAUAACAGAAAAUAUUCUUUUCUAAUAAAAACAAUAUUAAAAGAAGUAAAAGACAUAUAUGCUAAGGAUAUGCAAGAUUUCUUAAAUAAAGUUACGUUAUCAAAUCAUAAAAAGAAUGAUGAUUAUGUUUCUAAGAUAAUUUAUGCGAACCAUAAAUUCUUUGAUGAUCAAAAUGCUUUUAAUAAAAAUAUUUUUUUAAGACGUGGUAAAUUAUUAAAUAAAAGAUAUUAUCUUUAUUUAGAACCAAUUAGAAUUAUUAUAAAACAAGCACAACUGAAACUUCCAGUAUUUAUUUGCAACUUUGAACAUUAUCAUAAUUUUGGGCUUAUGUCAUUAACUGAUUUUCAAAAUAUGAUUAAUAAUGAUAUUAAAAAAGGAUCCUUGGCACUAACAAAUCAGUUUUAUACUAAGGUGGCAACAGCUGUAGCAACAAAUAAGAUUUUAAGGAACAUUAAUAAGAAACGAUUACCCAGUAUUAUGCACUGUAUAACACAUGUUUUUGUGCAACAAAUUUUGAAUGUCAUGAUAAAAUCUAUUGAUCAUAUAGUAAACACUAUGAGUGAUAAAUAUUGCUGUCCUCAAAUCAAAUUUCAACUUAUUAUGCAAGAUGACCAAUUAUGUCUUAGUCCUACUGUUGAAGAAGUAUAUUCUUUAUAUCACGAUAUCAUUGAAAAAAUUAGGAUAAUUGCCCAAGAUUUAAUACCAUUGGAAGAAUGGCUUAAUAUAAAAGUAUAUUAUAAAUAUAUUAAAGUAGAAUUACCAAAUUGUUAUAUUAAAGAGUCUCAUAACAAGUUGCAACUUACUUUAGAUAACUUAUUUCAAUCUUUAAAUGAACAUGUAAAACAUAUCAUUGAAGAAUUUUAUCUUAUCUGUACACCUAAUUUAAGGGAAAGAAUAUUAUCAUUAACAUCUGAAAAAAUAAACUUUGAUUUAUACAUCCAACAUAUACAGGAAUACAGUACCUAUUUAAUAAAAUCAAAUACAAUGACAUUGAAUACAUAUCAUGCAAUAGGAAAAUUGGAACAACAUGGAGCUAAAGAAUUUUUGAAACAGGAAUCCUUUGAUAUUAUAAAUAUUUUUUUAAACAAACUCAUUAAAUACCAUCAAGAAUUCAAUGAAUCUAUUUGUUUAGAUUUUGAAAAUUUAAAAACAAAGAUAUUAAAUAUUCCAAAAAAUUCACAAUCCUUAAUUGAGUUAACUGAAUAUAUUUCCUAUGCAUCACAAGUGCUAAUAAGAGAAUUAGAACAUAAAAUUCAGUAUUCAAUACACAUGUUAAGCAUAUUAUCAGAGAUAACAGUUUUAUCAGAUGAUCACAUUCAAUUAAAUAAAGAGACUAUUAAUUGGUUAUAUGAAAUUGAAGCAAUAUUUAAACAAAGUAAUAUAUUAUGUGAGGCAAUGAAAAGUGAAUUAGAAGAUGAUAUGCAGAAAAGGAUAAAUAACUUAAACAUUAAUGUGGAUAACAUCAUUCCUCAACUUAGUGUGUUAGAUAAUAUGGAUAAUAUAAACAGAAUUGAAGAAUAUGUUGAAUAUUAUAAAGGUCUUCUAAAACAAAUAAAUCAAAUUAAACAGGAAAUGCGAAGAAUUAAUGAAGAAGAAACAUUAUUUAAAUUUCCUGAAACUGAGUUUUCAAAUGUAAUUGAAUUAUAUGAAAUGAUCAUAUCAUUUCAUGAUCUCAUUUAUGUCAUUUACCAAUGGCAAAGAGAUUAUUCUGUAUGGUUAGAUGGUCCCUUUGAAUGUUUGGAUGCUGUCAUUAUAGAAAACAAAACGUUGAAUUAUUUUGAAAAAGUUACUGAAAUGAGCAAAAUGUUUAGAACAAGGAUUAAAAUGGAUGUAACACUGAACAAAUGUUUCAAAUUUUCUGGACUUGCAGAUGAUCCAGAUCCGAUGCAACAACCUGCACCAUUAAAGUUAUGUUGGCAAGCACUUAAUUCUAUAAACAAUUUUAAGCAAUAUUUACCAUUAGUAACAUGUAUGUGUAAUUCAGCUCUGCAAAAACGACAUUGGAUAGAAAUGUCUGCAAUAUGUAAGUUUAAUCUUACACCUAAUGCUGGGACUAGUUUAAGAAAAAUUAUUUCAUAUAAUUUAAUGAGUGAUAUUGAGAAAUAUAAAGCUAUCAGUUUAAGUGCUAAUAGGGAAUUAAAGAUGCAACAGAAAUUAUUGAAAAUGAUCAAAGAAUGGGAUAAAAUUUCUUUUGAAAUAAGUCUUGAUAAACAAACUGAAAUGAAUGUAUUUUCUAAUAUGGACGAUAUAGAAUUAUUACUUGAAGAUCACCUUAUAAUUAUUGAAGAAAUGAAAACUUCAAAUUUUGUUAAAGAAAUAGCUUCCUUAAUGACAGAUUUUUUAAUGUCUCUCACUAGGAUUCAAGAAAUUAUUAAUCAAUGGAAUUACAUACAAAUAUUAGUUCUUUCCUUAAACUCUACUUUUUGUCACCCAAGCAUAAAAGUACAUUUAGCCAAAGAAUUUCUUUUGUACAAAGAAAUUAAAGAAGUCUUAAAACAUAUUCAAAAGAAGCUCUCAGAAACACCUACUUUUAGAGAACUUAAUGAUACAAUAAUUUCAAAAUCUUUACUCAAUAUUGUUGAGAAGCUUGAAUACAUAAAUGAAGAAGUUAAAAAUUAUAUACAAACUAAGAGACAAUAUUUUCCAAGGUUUUAUUUUCUUUCUGAUAAAGAAAUUGAAGAAAUAUUAUUUAAAUCUGAUAUAUCUAUACAAAGUAUAUGUAUACAAAAAUGUUUUGAAGGUAUACAAAAACUAAAAAUUGAUAAAGAAAAAUCUAUUUGUUCCAUUUUUGGUGAUUAUGAAGAAGAAUUACAUUUAGAAAAAUUAAUUUCACUUAAUGUUCAAUAUGAUCAUGAAGAGAAAUGGUUGAUAUAUCUUGAAAAUGAAAUAAAUACCACAAUAAAAAAAAGCAUUCUCCUAUCUUAUCAAAUAUUUAGUAAAACAUUUGCACAUAAUAGCAUUAUAAAUUUUCCAAGUAUGGCAAUUGUUUGUACUUUUCAACUUUGCUGGACUAUCGAGGUACAUAGGUGUCUUACUCCUCUUAAUUUUAAAGCUCUGAAUUCCUUAUAUUCAAGAUAUAUUAAUUAUGUAACUAGCUUAACUAGUGAAUUGAAAAAUUAUUCGAUAAAAAGAUUGAGAAAUUUGUUAAUGUCUUUAAUUACUAUAUUAAUUCAACAAAAAGACAUUAUUCAGUUAUUAUUAGACAAAAAUAUUACCAGAUCUACAGACUUUGAAUGGGUUGCACAAUUACAAUAUUAUUUAGUAGAAGAUUGCAUAGAAGUAUCUAUUUUUAAUACAACUAUAAAAUAUGGGUAUGAAUAUAGUUAUUACAAACAACAUAUAAUAAAUACUCCUUUAACAGAUAGAUGUUUUCAUACUCUUAUGCAAGCGUAUAAGUAUCAUUUAUAUGGUGCUAUUACAGGACCAUCUGGUACAGGAAAAUUAGAAACUCUCAAAAGUUUAGCUAAAACUAUUGCAAUACAAUUUCGUUCUUUUAACUGUACUAAUACAUUAUCUUAUAAUUUUCUAUCUCAAGUAUUUAAGGGAUUUAUUUCUUGUGGAGUAUGGCUUUGUUUUAAAAACUUUGAUACAUUAAAAAUUGAUCUCCUAUCAAGACUCGCACAAACUCUUACUUCUAUUUUUCAAAUUAUAGCAACAAAUUUAAAAAUCACAAUGUUUGAAGGUUCCUCAUUAAGAGUAAGUAGAAUUGGACAUAUUUGCAUCAUUACAAAACUGAAUCUAUUCCAAUAUUCUAAUUUACCGGAUAAUUUAAGAAUAUUAUUUAGAACAGUAUCUAUGAUAGUACCAGAUAUGAAUAAAAUUAUAGAAGUUGAAUUUUUCGCUGGUGGCAUAUCUAAUUCAAAGCUAUUAACUUCAAAAUUAGUUACGCUAUAUAAAAUACUAUCUGAGCAAUUAUGGUGUCAAUCAUGUAACAUUUUUAAUUUGUAUUCUAUGAAGACAAUUGUCAAAACCACAAUUUUUUUAAAGAGAAGUUUUCCACAUGAAAAUGAAACUGUACUACUUUUACGUUCAUUAAUUAAUGUUAAUCUUCCAAAACUUUGUACUAUAGAUACACACAUUUUUAGAAAUAUAGUUCAUUACAUGUUUCCAGAUCUUACCUUGUUGCCUCCUAACUAUGCAGUAUUUUUAGAAACUCUUGAAACAGUAUGUACAUCUAAAUCUAUCCAUAUUCAUGAUGUUUUCAAACUUAAAAUUAUACAAAUAUUUGAAUUAAUGCAUAUUCAUCAAUGUUUAAUGAUUGUCGGUAACCCUUUUGUUGGGAAAACAGAAAUAUUAAAUAUCCUUCAAGUUGUUUUAUUGUCUUUAUAUGAGCAAGGUAGUGAAUUUGGUGUUAAUAUAAAAUUAGAGACAAUAGUUCCAAGUACAAUUGAUGUUAAUCACCUUUUUAGUCAUUUUGAUGAAAAAUCUAAAAUUUGGAAGGAUGGAAUAUGUUCCAAAAUGAUUCAGCCAUUCUCAAAGAAUGAUUCCUUUGACAGAAGGUGGAUAAUAUUUGACGGACUUCUAAAUAGUGUAUGGAUUGAAAAUUUAUAUGCAGUUCUUGAUAUAAAUAGGAUGUUAUAUUUAUCAUCAAAUGAAAAAACGAAUAUGACAAAUUUUGUAUCCAUUAUCUUUGAAACAAUAAGUAUGGAAGAUAUUUCUCCUGCUAUUUUAUCAACUUGUGGUAUAAUUUAUAUUGAGUCAAAUUCUAUUGAUUGGAGACCCUAUGUUAAAACCUAUUUUUCCAAACACAAUAUUUAUGACGAACAUAAAAACAUAUUGUAUCCAUUGUUUGAUUGGAUAAUAGAACCUUGUUUACAAUUUAUACAAAAGAAUUGCACUGUAACUUUAAAUGUUGGCCAGUUACAUUUUGUAAUGUCAACAUUAAAUUUGUUUGAAAUGUAUUUAAGGGAUGCUUUGACGGAAAAUACUGAAGAGAAGGGGAAAACAUCCCAUUUUUUAAUAUGGGCUCAGGUUGCACUUAUAUUAUCUAUAAUAUGGGGUUUAGGAGGAAAUUUAGAUAUAGAUUCUCAUACUAAAUUUAAUUCUUUCUGUACAUCACUUUGGACUGGUGCAAUUAAAGAAUAUCCAAAACCAGAAAUAAUAAAGGGUUUUGACAUAACACUACCUCAUGAAGGCUUAAUACAAGAUAAUUUUUAUAUCUUCAAAGGUGUUGGAAAUUGGAAGUAUUGGGGAAGUACUGAUAUAUUAAAGAGUGAGCAAAUAUUAGAAAACUCUGGUUGUAAUGAAAUUUUUGUACCAACAAUUAAUACAAUAAAAUAUAAUCACAUGAUUCUCAAACAUAUAAAAUACAGAAAACCUUUCAUUAUUUGUGGAGAUGAAUCUAUUGGAAAAAGUUAUCUUAUAAAAACUUUAUUGAAAAAUAAAUUACCUGAAGGAAUAUAUUCCAAUUUACUUAAUUUUAUUUCUCUGAAUACAGUUGCUAAAACACAACAAUUAUUACUUUCAAAAUUAAAUAAAAUAAGAAAAAGGCACUAUGGACCACCGAAAGAUCAGUUUUGUAUUAAUUUUAUAGAUGAUCUUAAUAUGCAAAGAUAUGAAUGCCAAUCAGAAAUAAAUGGUAUCUUAGAUCUUAUUCGACAAUAUCAUAGUUAUGGUUACUUGUAUGAUAUUAAUGAUUCUGAAAAAAUUUGUAUUAGUGACAUUAUGUUAUCUCUUUCAAUUGUAACUAAUACCAAAAUUAAAAUAUGUCCUAGAUUUUUAAGGCACUUUAAUUUAUACACUAUGUAUGCCCCUGCUACAGAUACUAUAUUCAGAAUAUUUUCAAAUGUGCUUUUCAGUAAUUUAAAAAAUAAUUCUUUUACUGCAGAUAUAUUCAGUACUGUAACCAGUAUAAUUAAUGCUACGAUUGAUAUAUAUAAUUCUAUAAUUAAAACUUUACUACCAAUACCUACUAAGUUUCAGUAUCAAUUUAGUAUAAGAGAUAUAAGCAGAGUUAUUAACGGAUGUAGUCUUCUUCAAAAAGAAUCAGUAGAAACUAAAGUUACCUUCAUGCGGCUUUGGGCUCAUGAGGUAUGGCGAGUUUUUGGUGAUCGAAUAUUGGAUAAUAAUGACAAAGAAUGGCUUUUUUCACAGAUUAAAAUAACCUGCAAACAUCAUUUCAAAGAUUCAUUUGAAACAGCUUUUGAUUAUCUGCCAAAAUUUGAUAAUAAUGAAAUUAUCAAGGAUAGUUUUUGUAAUUUAAUAUUCUGCACUUUUAUGUGUACAGAAAAAUAUGAAAAUAAAAGAUACGAAGAAAUAAAUUCUAUUGAGAAAUUACAAACUAAAAUUAUUUUUUAUAUAAAUGAAUAUAAUAAUAAUAAUGUGAAAAAACGGAUUGAUAUUGUAGUAUCACAGUAUAUUUUAGAAUGUUUGAUAAAAGUUUCAAGAAUUUUAGCUAUACCAGGAAGCAAUUUAUUAAUAAUUUCUAGUAUAGGAUUUGGUAGAAAGUCCUUAGCAAGUCUAGCUGCUUAUAUGCAACAACAAGAAUUAUAUGAACCUUCUGUGCAAUCUUAUUGUGACUUCAACAUGUGGAGAAAAGAUAUAAAACUGGUUUUACGAAAGUGUGGUGAGUUAAAACAGAAUUUUAUCCUCUUUUUAAAAGAUAAACAAAUAAAGAAUAAUUUUCUUCGUGAUAUUUGUUGCCUAUUGUCUACUGGUGAAAUACCUGAUUUAUUUUCUAUUGAAGAAAGGUGUGAUAUCAUUGAAAUGAUACGUUUGCAUGCUCAAGGUGGUAAUAAAAAUGAAGAAAUCAGUAAUCAUGCAGUAAUGAAUUUUUUUUUGGAACAAUGUAGAAGAAAAUUACAUAUUAUAUUUUGUUUUACUGAAACAAACAAAAGUAUAAGAUCAUAUUUAUAUAAAUAUCCAGAAUUAAUAAAAUAUUGUACAGUAAACUGGUAUGAAAUGUGGCCAACAGAUACACUUUUACAGGUAGGUUUGAAAUACAUUCAAGACAUUAAUAUUGAAGAAGACAUAAAAGCAAAUGUAAUAAAAAUUUGCAUACAAUUAUAUAACUAUGUACAAGAAAUAAGCAAAGAAUACUACAAAGAAACUGGAAUGAAAAUUCAUGUUACAUCAGUUACAUAUUUGCACAUGUUAAAAUUAUAUGUUCACUUGAUAUGUAAAAAACAGGAAGAUAUUGUUACAUUGAAAAAUAAAUACCUAACAGGUUUAGAAAAAUUAGAAUUAGCAGCUCAACAAGUAGAAAAGAUGAAAACCACAUUAACAAUAUUGAAACCACAGUUAGAGUUAUCUGCCCAAAAAACGAUAAUUACAAUGAAAGAAGUGGAGAAUGAAAAUAUUAUUGUAGAAAAAGCAACUGCUGUUGUACAACAAGAAGAAGAAAUAGCAAAUAAGAAAACAGAAAUUGCUGGGAAAUUAAAAUUGGAAUGCGAAGCUGAUCUAGCUGUAGCAAUUCCAAUUUUAGAAGAUGCUAUUGUUGCAUUAAAUACACUAAAACCUACAGACAUUACAUUGGUUAAAGCUAUGAAAAAUCCUCCUGAUACUAUCAAGCUAGUAAUGGCAGCAAUAUGUGUAAUGCUUGAUGUUCCCCCAGAUAGAGCAAUUGAUUCAGUUACUGGCAAAAAAUAUACAGAUUAUUGGGGUCCAAGCAAACGCAUUUUAAGUGAUAUGAACUUUUUACAAAUUUUAAAAGACUAUGAUAAGGAUAACAUUCCAUCUAAUAUUAUACAAACUAUUAAGAAGACAUACAUAAUAGAUAGCAAUUUUAAACCACAUAUCGUUGCCAAAGCAUCAAGUGCUGCAGAAGGCCUUUGUAAAUGGGUAUGUGCAAUGGUGUCUUAUGAUGAAGUUGCAAAGGCAGUUGCUCCUAAAAAAGAAAAAUUGCUUAUUGCAGAAAAAGAAUGUAAUGAAGCUGAAGCAUUUCUAAAUGAAAAACGAAAAACUCUGUUGACAUUAAAUGUUAAACUCGCUGCCUUGAAUGACAGUCUUCAAGAAACACUACAACAAAAAAUAAAACUAAAGCAAGAAGUAGAAGACUGUACCAUCAAACUUCAGAAAGCAAAAAAUUUAAUGGCAAGUUUAGGAGGGGAAAAAGAUCGUUGGAUGCAGAUUGCAGAAAAUCUUAAAAGGAAUUAUGAUAAUCUUGUGGGUGACAUGAUAUUGACAUGUGCAACUAUAAAUUAUGCAGCAUCAUAUAAUAUUGUAUUUCGUAACAAAAUUUUAGAGCAAUGGAAACAAUAUAUGGAAAUUCUGAAAAUAUCAUAUAGUAAGAACUAUAAUUUAAUAAAUAUACUUGGAGAAGAAAAUGAUAUAAACCAUUGGUAUUUUUCUGGUUUACCUAAAAAUAGCUUUUCAGUUGAAAAUGCAAUUAUUAUGACUAAUUCCAAAUUAUGGUCCUUAUUUAUUGAUUCACAAAAUCAAGCAAAUGAGUGGAUUAAAAAAAUUGAAAAAAAGAAUAAUUUAAAAAUUAUUAAGCUCACUGACUCCAAUUAUUUGUCAAUUAUUCAAUAUAAUGUUGAAAAUGGUAUCCCCACAUUAAUUGAAAAUGUAGGAGAAGAAUUAGAAAUAUCAUUGGAUCCUUUUCUUCUAAGAAGAAUUUACAACGAUGAAAAAUCUUCAUACUUAGAUAUUGGUCAUGAUAUAAUAAAAUAUUCAUUCGAUUUCCGAUUAUAUAUUACAACGCGAUUACUUAAUCCUCAAUUUUCAUGCGAGAUGUUUAGCAAACUUACAAUAAUUAAUUUUUCCAUUCCCAAUGAAGCUCUUCAAGAUAAACUUCUUGAUUUUAUUAUUUACAAAGAAAAGCCAGAACUUCAAGAAAAGUUUAAAAUUUUACUUAUGGAAGAUGCUAACAAUAAAAAAAUAUUAAAGCAACAAGAAGAUAUAAUAUUAAAUAUCUUAUCUUCAACAACAACAAAUAUUCUUGAGGAUGAGACUGCUAUAAAAAGUUUAGAUUCUUCAAAAAAUUUUUCUUUGAACAUUAUCAAGAAACAAGAAAUGACAAAGAAACUCAUUCUUGUAAAAAUUUUACGUCCUGAUCAAAUUACAAUACAGAUUAUGAAAAUGAUAGAAAAUAUGUUGGGAAAUACACAAAACCAUUCCCCUAAAAUUAAAAUAUCUCAAUCAUAUGCGGAAUCCAGUUAUUUAACUCCACUUUUAUUUAUUUUACCUGCUUCUUUAACACCAUUAUCUAUUAUUUCUACAUAUGCAAAUACUAAAGGUUACUUAUCCAAAUUUGUCUCUCUAUCUAUGAGUAAAGGUGAAGAAAAGAAAGCUGAAUUUCUUAUAAAGAGAGCUCAGAAGGAAGGAGGUUGGGUGUUUCUGCAAAAUUGUCAUCUAGUAACUCAUUGGUUGGCUAAUCUUGAAAAAAUUUGUGAUAAUUGUAACAUUUCUAAUUCAUCUUUAGAUUAUCGCUUAUGGUUAUCCAGUUGUUCUAUCAAUGAAUUUCCAAUUAGUAUAUUGCAAAAUAGUAUAAAAAUCAUGCACGAUUAUCCUUUAAAUAUUAAAGAAACAUUGUUGAAUAUUUAUCAGUCAGAACCUAUAAUAAAUAAAGAAUUUUUUGAAGGCUGUCCUGGAAAAGAUAAAAUUUUCUUAAAACUUCUUUUUGCAAUAUGUCUUUUUCAUGUAAUUAUACAAGAGAGAGAACACUUUGGGUUUCAAGGAUGGAAUAUACCAUAUAAAUUUGAUCAUACUGAUCUUAAAAUAUCCAUUAUGCAAUUACAAAAUUUCAUAAAUAAUGCAGAUCAUGUACCCUUUGAUAUUUUUCUAUAUCUUAUUGGAGAAUGCAAUUAUGGGGGCAAAAUUCGAGACGAAUUUGACAGUAGAUAUUUAAAACAUCUUUUAACUGAUUAUUGCAAUCCUAACAUAAUUGAAAAUGGACAGUAUGUACAUGCAAAUGGCAUACAGGAAUUAAUACCACAAAGAUGUGAAUAUUAUCAAGUAAUUGAUCAUAUUAGGAAAAUUCCAUCAAACUUAUCAUUUCAAAUAUUUGGAUUUAAUAGAAAUGGUAUUAUUAUUCGAAAUACUAUGAUAGCUACAGAAUUGAUAUCAUCUCUUUCAUAUAUGAGCUCUCCAAUUUCUUUAUUAGAUGAAGAGUUACAGAAAGAUCAAGUAUUAAUUUUAAUUAAUGAUAUUAAUGAUAAAUUAUGUGAUGCAAUUAAAGUUAAUGAAAUUCAAGAACAAUGUACUUCUAUGCUUAAAGAACCUUUGCAAAGAGUUCUUUUUUGUGAAAUCAAAUCAUUAAAACAUAUUUUAGAAAUUAUAAUAAAGGCAUUGGCUAAUUUAAAAUUAGCAUUGGAUGGUUAUCUUCUUUUUACGGAUUCGUUGAAAAAAUUAGCAAAAGAAAUAUGUAAAAAUAAAAUUCCACAUACUUGGAAGAUGAUACAAAUUAAUAUUCUUUCUGAAACCUUAACAGACUACAUCGAUAAUUUAUUAAAACGUGCUAAGUUUAUUCAAAAUUGGAUUAAUCAAGGACGUCCAAAAAUUAUUUGGUUUGAUACAUUAUUUCAUUACAAAAUGUUCUUUUCUGCAAUGUUAUUGACAUUUUCUAAAAGGUAUAAUAUAUCUAUUGAAGAUAUCAUUUUCGAUUUUGAAAUAGAUACAAAAAAAGAAAUUGACGAAGAAUAUGAUGAUGCAUAUUUAAUUUGUGGACUGCAUUUAUGUGGUGCUCGAUGGGAUUUGGAAAAAAGAAUGUUAGUCGAAAAUUUUACAAAUGAAAUCUGGCAAAAUAUGCCACCAAUACAUCUUAAAUGUUCACGGAAAAAAAAAAGUGCAGAUAAAAUCUAUGAAUGCCCUGUCUAUAUAACUGCUGCUAAAGAUAUUGAUAAAGAUAUCAAAUUUUCUUCAAAGAAUUAUAUAAUUAGUAUACCUUUGAAAACUGAUACCCCUGCAACUCAUUGGAUAAAGUGCGGUACAGCUUUAUUUUGUCAUAUGUAAGUUAUAUAAGUUAAGUAAAAAAUAUUAAAAUAAAAACAAUUUUCAUAUACCAUA